ACAUCCAAUCAGGUGUGAGUCUGGACCUGGUUUUCUACUGAACACACAAGUUCAUUCCCUCACUAUCACUUCGUCUGAACAGGAACGAUGACCACACUCUUUGUCGCUCUUUGUGUUCUUUUUUCUCUCUUCACAGCUGUAAAUUCUUCUGACAUCAAGGAGCUUCAUGUGAGAACAGUAAAGAGUGGAGAAGAUGUAACUAUGGAGUGUAACAUUAGCAGUGUCACAGGGAAAGAUAAAGUAGUUUGGUUCAGACAGAGUUCAGGAAAAUUGCCUCAGUAUUUUGCAAAACCAUACCAGAACAAUUUAGGCUACAAAUUUGUUGAUGGAUUUAAUGACAGUCGCUUCAGUAUUAGUGUAAAUGACCAUAAAUUUGAUCUCAAUAUUAAAAAUAUAAGAGAAGAUGAUGGAGGAGAAUAUUUCUGUGGAGAAUCAGAAGGAAGUGUAACGAAGUUCACAUCUGGAACACAUCUGCAAUUUGAAGAUAAAGAGACGACACAACAUUCAACAUCUGGAAGUACAACUAAUUGUAAAGAUAAAGAGACACAGCAUCCUACAUCUGGAACUACACCCAGUGUUUCAAACUGCACCAAAAAAACAGGUGAAGACCAUUGGAUUAUUCCUUUAGCCGUCUCCAAUAUAAUCUCUGUUAUUGUAAUCACAGUUCUGGUUGGAGUUUUAUAUAAAAAUCACAGAAAAGAUUCUUCAUCAAGCAACCAUCAAAUUCCCACCAAUCAGGCUGCUGAUGAUGAUGAUGUCUUGAACUAUGCAGCUGUGAGUUUUGCUAAGAAACCUUCAUCCUCCAGAACAUCCAGAGAAAAGAGCCAUGAAGACGUUUAUGCACAAGUUAAAAUAAAAUAAAGAAUUUAAAUCAUCAGACACUGGAGAUUUACUGCUGUAAGGCACAUUUUAUUAGGUCAUGCCUGAUAAGGGGAAAGGGGGAGAGGAAGAUUAUUGUUUUUCCCAAAAAUUCAAUAUUGUUACAUUUCCUGAAUAUAAUUAUUAUAAUUAUUUUUAUAUCAUUAUCCUGUGUUUACAUUAUAUGUAUAUACAGCAUAUAAAAAAUUCAUAAAUAAUUGAAAUGUUGAAGUCUCAGGUUGCUUCUGUUAUUGUUUCUAAAGCAACAGCUUCACAGAGAUGUCUUACACUGGUCACUCCACAUAACCAAAGCCUACAAAGAAAGGUGUUAUUUAGAGACGUUGCUAGGUUACAGAGCGCUGGUUGUUCUUGUGGUCCAUCAGUGUUUUAAUUCUGUUCCACAUGAGCUGUUGUUGUACUUUUACAACAAAAUAUUUCUUGCAUUCUUAAUGUUUUUCUUGGCUUCCUCUAACUAUAGGUCUGUUUAUCAGCCACCUAAAAGUCAUAUUUCCUUCCUUAAUCAGAUUCUGUACACUGUUUAGACGCGACUUCUGCUAGGAAAAUGACAACAGUUCCAGUGCAGAUGGUUGUGUAUCCCAGGAUUCCCUGUGAAACAGAUCCCAGUCAGUGUAUCAGACAGUCUUACAGCAUUAAGGUGGCAUCCACGAGUCAUACAAAUAAACUGUAACUCCACUGGAGAUCAUAUUUAGGAGAAUAUGUGAGAGUUUGUGUAAACUCCCAGUCUGGACCACUCUGUGGCAGCGUGAUCAGAUAACUAUUAAUA